CCUGGCAGAGCAGUGGCUGCCUGGUGCCAUUGGGGUCAUGGAGGGAGACACUAUGGCUUGGGAAGUCUCUGGGGACUGUCACUACCCAGCAGAAAGAGAAGCUGGUGCACGACAGGGAUCUGAAGAGGGAGACAUCAAAGGAUGGGAAGCCCCUCAGUGGCUGCGGGGCCAGGCAGAAUCUGGCUGUCCUGGCUGUGGCUCUUGCAAACACAGCACCACAUUUCCCAUCUCACCACUGCCCUUCCAGCUGGCUGUGGAUCAUCCCCCUCCACCCAGCUUCCAGCACCCAGCUGGGGCAGGGGCACCUUGCCAGGAAGGGGAUGUUUCAUCCUGGCAGCUUAUGGUGAUGCCCAGUUUAGGGUGAGAAUGCUUUUUUUGUGCUGCUUAGGGCCAUCAGCCCCUUGGCAGGAGUGUGGGCAGAAAGGGAAAGCAGAAAGCCCUGAGUCUGUGGUGGGAAGGAGCCACGGGGGAAACGCCGCAGCUCUGGCGGUUGUUGCCGUUGCUGUGAUCUGGGAGAGGAGGUCACUUGCCAGCCCACAGGAAGGCAUGAGGGGUGCCUAGAAGGGAAAUGAGGAACAGCUCUUGCCUCAGAAGCAGCCUCAAGCCCUGGGGGAGCCCAAGGAGGAUCAGAGUGGCCGGCACAAAGGGAGCAGAGUGCGGUGGGAUGGCCAGGGGCAGCCAGGAGAUCCCACAAAGGGGCAUGAAUUUGUUCCUGAGCACUGUCCUGCUGCUCCUGCUGCUGCCUGAUGUUGCCAAAGGACAGGACAGCUGUUCCAGCCUGGGCCGGCUUGAUGAGCACCGUGAGUGCUGCAAUAUCACAGUGGAGCAGAAGAACCCAGGCAACAGCACCCGCAUCCUGCACUGGUCCCGGCACUGCCCGCAGCUGUGGCGCUCCCAGAGCCGCGCUUGUGCCUGCCUGAGGGAGCACUGGUUCAGGCUGCUGCAGCUGGGGCAGCACCAAUGGCUGGCUGGGCUCAAGACGCUGCUCCUGAAUGUCAGCAGGGCUGUCACCCGUGAUGUCCUCAUCACCUUCUCCCCCACAGAGGGCCCCAGCAGGCUGAACACCACACAGAAAGGGAAGGCAGGUAAAAUCCACCUCCCCAGGGAGAUAUUCCGGUCCCUGAGUAGCCAAACAGUGCGUGUGGUUGUGACAGUCCUCAAUAUCCAGCAGCUUGGCAUGUUCAAGGAAGUCAACCAGACAGCGCAGGUCUUGGACAACACCGUGGUGGGCAUCACAGUGGGAGAGAGCAGCAUCUCGGGGCUGCACAAGCCUGUGCAUCUCACGUUCGCCCACAGAGAGCUGCCCCAGAAUGUCACCCCGCAAUGUGUCUUCUGGGAUCCCAGCAAAGGGCUGGCAGGAGGCUGGCGCAGCAGUGGAUGUGUCACACAGCCUGGGGACAAGGGGACAGUCUGCUCCUGUGACCAUCUCACCUUCUUCACCCUCCUCCUGACCCAAGCUCUGGAUGGCUCCACAGCAAAAGCUUUGAUGGCUGUUGCCACCGCUGGCUGUGGGGUAGCCAUGGCUUUCUCCAUCUUCACCAUGGCCUUCUGCAUCUUCAUAAGGUGCAGGUUCAGGUUGGAGGAGACCGUUGGCAUCAACUUGUGCCUGCACCUGAACCUCGUGGGCAGCCUGUUCCUGCUCAACCUGGCCUUCCUGCUCAACACUGGGCUCUCUGGCAGGACCCACCCACGGACCUGUAGUGUCCUGGGUGGGCUCACCCACUACUGCCUGCUCUGCUGCUUCACCUGGACGGCGCUGGAGGGCUGUCAGCUCUACCUCCUCUUCGUCAAGGUCCUCGGGAUCUACAUCCCCCACUACUUGGGAAAGCUGUGCCUGGUUGGCUGGGGCUUCCCUGUUCUCGUGGUGGGAGUGGCAGGAGGUAUUGGCAGCUAUGGGGAAUACAACAUCCACACCACGGACCAGCAGAUCAUAGCCCAGCUGUGCUGGAUCACUUCCAAACAUCUUCUGGUCCACUACAUCACCAACUGUGGCUACUUUGGCCUCAUCUUCCUCUUCAACAUGGCUGUCUUUGGGGUGGUGACCCAGAAGAGCUGCAGCUUGCAGGGCACUGGGGCAGUGCAGGGAUACCGUAAGCCCUGGAAGGUGGCUCUGGGGGCAGCAGGGCUCUUCUGCCUGCUGGGAGCCACUUGGGCCCUGGCAUUCCUCACCUAUGGCAUCUCCUCUGCACCCGUGCUCUACCUCUUCACCAUCCUCAACUCUCUCCAAGGAAUCUUCAUAUUCAUCUGGUUGGUCAUCCUCUACUACCCAAAGACAAAGGAACCCACUGGUUCCCUCUCCUACAUCAUCAGACAUGACAAAACCACCACAGCCUCCCAGGACUAGCUCCUGGCUGGGCCAGCUCCAGGCUGAACCUCUCUUCCUGCCUGCACCUGCAUCCACUGAGAGCAAUCUUGGAUCCUGGCAGAUGCAGCUUCCUCAUGGAGGGAGAGAUCAGUUAACCACACCUCAGUUUACCCUUCAGUGGGCAUGAUUUCAUUCCUGGUGGGCUGCCCUGGGCAAAGAGCUCCAGAGAUGAUGCUUCUGCAGAGUCCCUCCAGGCUGCAGUUCCAUGGUCUUGAGGUGCCCUGAUCUCAUUCCCCAAGGAAAAAGGAGGAAUCCCACAAAGCACCUGCCUUCAGCCAUGAUGGAGCCAUUCCUCUUUGCUAGAGGUGGCCUUUGGGCUGAACCAACCCAGCAGUGAGUUUCCUGCCACUGGAGGGAGGGGAUUGACUUGCUCCAGCCCAGAUGUGGGAUGUUUGCAUCUGGGAAUCAGCAAAAAGAAGAGGAAACCCAUGAGCUUCUUUGCAAAACAUCUCCUUGCUCUCUGGCAGAGAUCUGCUGCAUGUCCUUCCUGCAAAACAGCCUCUGGGGCCAGCAGCAAUUUCCCCAUGGACAUUAUGCUCCAGCCAAAAUACACAUACAGCUGCCUUGCAGGGCAACUGCUGUCUUCUCCUGAUCUGUGUUUUGGUAUUAAAUCCCUACCAGCUGUGUGAGCACUGUGAA